UUUCUCCUACCAUCAUUCAUUUAUUUUGCCUCAGCUGUACAUAAAUACCUACCAAUUAUUUUUUCCUUACUAAUCCGCCUGUCUUUCUUCACACUCUUUCUUGCAGCAGUACGCGAACAAUCCAACGAAUUAUCACAGACUGCCAUGGAUAUUAUAACGAUCGUUUGGUAUGUAGCCACAUUUCUGGCAUUGGCCGCCUUCUUUCUGCUCAUGGCUUGCUCAGAUAGACGCUGUACGGAGAAUCGCAGCAAUGUUUUGGACAAUGAAAUACAAAUUGCCCCACCCACACCAUCGCCAUCGUACAGCGAGUUCGCACCACCCAGCUACGAGACAGUAAUCAAAAUGCAACACGAUGCUAGAACUAGCGUAUUUGUUAUACCGUUUGGGCCUGGAAGCAAGGAUGUUAGCACGAAUAGCAAUGGCAGUAGCUUGCAUACACCACAAACAACACCAACAACGCCAGCGAUAAAUUAC